GCCUCGCCUCACCGUGGCUGUCGUGUGGUUGCUGCGCUUGGCAAUGGCGGCGGUUCCGUCUCCUCCCGACCUCCUCCGCGCCCUGCCACCUGCUCCCGGUCUCGCUUACCCCUCUUGUCGGGGGCUCCGCCGCCGCCGGCCCAGCUCCUCGCUCCGCUGCUCGUCGCCGUCGGCGGAUGCGGCGUCGCCGGCGCGGGGGAAGGCCGCUCGUGAGCACCAGCCGUCGUUCGCCGAUGACCUCCUCCUCGCCUUCUUCCGGGCUAAGAUGGUGGAGGAGGUUGGAUGGGAUUCUGAAAAGCCUGGCUACACUGGGCUGAUUGAAGUUGCCAACCGUCUCAUGACCAGGGGGAAGAGUGCUUUGGAGACCGAGCAAUCAGCUGUCAGAGUACUCCAGUCACUGUUUCCUCCUCUCUUGCUUGUUCUUUUCAAAGCUCUUUUGGCACCAAUUGCUGAUGGUCAGCUAGCUUCCAUGAUGGUCGCUAGAGCAACAGCGCUUUCAUGCCAAUGGCUGAUGGGCCCAUGUUCAGUUAAUUCUGUAACACUAUCUGAUGGAAAAUCAUUGUCAAGCGGGGUGUUUGUGGAAAAGUGCAAGUAUUUGGAAGAGAGUAAAUGCCUUGGUAUUUGUAUCAACACAUGCAAACUGCCAACUCAGAGUUUCUUCAACGAUCACAUGGGAGUCGAUUUAUAUAUGGAACCAAACUUUGAAGAUUAUAGCUGCCAGUUCAACUUUGGAGUGCCACCUCCACCUCUUGAUACCGACAAAGCCCUAAAGGAGCCCUGCUUGGACAUAUGCACGAAUGCGAGGCGACGAAGAGAGCUUGGAAAUGGUAAUAGCACAGAAGGUUUGCAAUGUCCCCAAGUUUGAUGAGCUGCUUUUGGAAGUUUGGACAACAUAACUGAAGAUGCCAGGGCAAGAGUAUAUUCAGCCAUGGUGCCCCUUCUUCAGUUACUGCGACUAGACACAACUGCUGUAGUCUGAUGAUCAAGAGUAACACCUGUUGUCUCAAACAAUACUAGCAUAUAAUUUUGGUAUGUCACACAAUUAUACUUGGAAAUCAGUUUGGAUGGGAUGAGAGGUCCAUGUGAAUGAUGUGAUUGCAUUGCAAGGUCGCCCUCAGUUUCACCUUGCUAUGAAUUUUGAUUGGAAAUUACUCCCUCCGUUUCAC